UUAUCGUGCUGUAGUUGAUUGGCGCAGGAAAAUGGUGUCCUGCCUCUUUAAAUCCUGAAACGCGUGGAGUUGAAAGAAAUGGGCUAGAAAGCUUUUGCUACCCACCCCUUGCCCCCCCCCUCCCCGCCCCCAGGAGUCUGUAUUCAGCUAGUGCCCAUGUGGGAGCUGAGAGCGCAGGCAGCCUGAAAGGAGCCGGAAAUAUGUUACCUUGAUGUUUGGCAUAGCUGCAGUCAAGUUAAAGAGAGAGCUUGAUGCCACAGCAACAGUAUUGGCUAACCGACAAGAUGAAAGCGAGCAAUCUAGAAAAAAGCUUAUUGAGCAAAGUCGUGAGUUCAAGAAAAACACUCCAGAGGACCUGCGCAAACAGGUAGCUCCAUUAUUGAAGAGUUUCCAGGGGGAGAUUGAUGCAUUAGGUAAAAGAAGCAAAGAAGCAGAGGCAGCCUUCUUGAAUGUCUAUAAGAGAUUAAUUGAUGUUCCAGAUCCAGUUCCAGCUCUGGAUCUAGGACAGCAGCUUCAGCUGAAAGUCCAGCGCAUGCAUGAUAUUGAAACAGAGAACCAGAAACUUAGGGAAACUCUAGAGGAAUACAACAAGGAAUUUGCUGAAGUGAAAAAUCAAGAGGUUACAAUAAAAGCGCUUAAAGAGAAAAUCAGAGAAUAUGAACAGACCCUGAAGAACCAAGCAGAGAAUAUAGCCCUUGAAAAAGAACAAAAAUUACAAAAUGACUUUGCAGAGAAGGAGAGAAAGUUGCAAGAAACACAGAUGUCGACAGCCUCGAAGCUGGAGGAGGCCGAACACAAAGUUCAAGCUUUACAAACAGCCUUGGAAAAAACUCGGACAGAAUUAUUUGACCUGAAAACAAAAUACGAUGAAGAAACUACUGCAAAGGCUGAUGAAAUUGAGAUGAUCAUGACGGACCUCGAACGAGCAAAUCAGAGGGCAGAGGUGGCUCAGAGAGAGGCAGAAACCUUAAGGGAGCAGCUCUCGUCGGCUAACAAAUCUCUCCAACUUGCUACACAGAUCCAGAAGGCACCUGAUGUGGAGCAGGCCAUAGAGGUGCUGACGCGAUCUAGCUUGGAGGUGGAACUGGCUGCAAAAGAACGUGAAAUUGCCCAGCUCGUAGAAGAUGUCCAGAGACUCCAAGGCAGCCUCACCAAACUUCGUGAGAACUCCACCAGCCAGAUAUCACAGCUGGAGCAGCAGCUGACUGCCAAGAACAGCACACUUAAACAACUGGAAGAAAAACUGAAAACACAGGCUGACUAUGAAGAGGUUAAGAAAGAAUUAAAUAUACUGAAGUCCGUGGAAUUUGCACCCUCUGAGGGCUCUGGUGCACAGGAUGCAUCCAAACCACUGGAGGUGUUGCUGCUGGAGAAAAAUCGCUCAUUGCAGUCUGAGAACGCCACACUGCGUAUCACUAAUAGUGACCUGAGCGGGUCAGCCAGGAGAAAAGGGAAAGACCAGCCUGAGAGUCAGCGUCCUGCAACCUUGCCGGCCUCCCCUUCUUCUCAGUUGCUCCGCAACACAGGGGAGCAGGCUUCCAAUACUAAUGGUACACACCAGUUCUCACCAACGGGUUUAAGUCAAGACUUUUUCAGCUCAUCCUUGGCAAGCCCCAGCUUACCCCUGGCCUCCACAGGAAAAUUUGCACUAAACUCUCUCCUCCAGCGACAGCUAAUGCAGUCCUUCUACUCCAAGGCAAUGCAGGAAGCAGGAAGCACAAGCAUGAUUUUUUCAACAGGUCCUUACAGCACAAACUCCAUAUCUUCCCAAAGUCCAUUACAACAAAGUCCAGAUGUUAAUGGCAUGGCCCCAUCUCCCAGCCAGUCAGAAAGCGCUGGGAGCAUCUCUGAAGGCGAGGAGAUAGACACAGCAGAAAUUGCACGUCAGGUGAAAGAGCAAUUGAUCAAGCACAAUAUUGGACAGCGGAUAUUUGGACAUUAUGUCUUGGGACUGUCACAAGGGUCUGUGAGCGAGAUACUAGCCCGGCCAAAGCCAUGGAAUAAACUGACUGUGAGAGGCAAGGAGCCAUUUCACAAGAUGAAGCAGUUCCUCUCAGAUGAGCAGAACAUCCUGGCGCUACGCAGCAUCCAGGGUAGACAAAGAGAGAAUCCAGGCCAGAACCUGAACAGACUAUUUCAGGAAGUACCGAAACGAAGAAAUGGGUCUGAAGGUAACAUCACCACAAGAAUCCGAACCACAGAGACUGGGUCUGAUGAAGCCAUCAAAUCCAUUCUAGAACAAGCCAAAAGGGAGCUGCAAGUACAGAAAACAGCUGAGCCGGCUCAGCCACCUUCUGCAUCUAGCAGUGGCAAUUCUGAUGAGGCCAUUCGAUCCAUUCUGCAACAAGCCCGACGUGAAAUGGAAGCACAGCAAGCUGCCCUUGAACCUGCCUUAAAAACAACACCUUUGUCUCAAGCCGACAUUUCCAUCUUGUCUCCAAAACUACUGUCUACACCUGCCAUGUCUUCAGUUUCCAGUUAUUCUCCAUUGGCCUUGUCACUGAAGAAACAUUCAACUGUCAUGGAUUCUAAUAUAUCUGCAUUGCAGAACCUCUCUGGGCUAAAAAAAGAGCACCAAGAAACACCAGUUUUAGAGCUUCAUGGAAUGGCUGAUCCUGCACAGGGUAUGCUGAGGCAUGUUAAAAAUGAAUUGGGACGUGGUAGUGUUUGGAAGGACCAUUGGUGGAACACUGUUCAGCAUGACAGAAGAAAUACCACUCUUUCUGAAGAUACAAAGGUUGAGGAAGCCAGCAGUGCAAAAGAAAAGGUCAGCAACCAGACAAGGUCAGAUCGUAGCCAACUCCAGGGACCAUCCUCUUCAGAAUACUGGAAGGAGUGGCCAAAUGCUGAAUCUCCAUAUUCCCAGAGCUCUGAAUUGAGCGUUACUGGGGCAAGCCGCAGUGAGACACCACAAAAUAGCCCCCUUCCUUCCUCUCCUAUUGUACCUAUAUCAAAGCCAUCCAAACCCUCAGUUCCUCCAUUGACACCUGAACAGUAUGAGAUUUACAUGUACCAGGAAGUGGAUACAAUAGAACUAACUCGUCAGGUCAAAGAAAAGCUAGCAAAGAAUGGCAUCUGCCAAAGGAUCUUUGGGGAAAAGGUGUUGGGCCUAUCCCAAGGGAGUGUCAGUGACAUGCUCUCCAGGCCAAAGCCAUGGAGUAAAUUGACGCAAAAAGGCAGAGAACCAUUUAUUCGCAUGCAGCUCUGGUUGAAUGGUGAGCUGGGACAGUGUGUCCUGCCUGCACAAGGACAGCAACAAGGACAAGUCCUCCACUCGGUGACAUCACUGCAGGAUUCCCUACAGCAGGGAUGUGCAAGCUCAGAAAGCACUCCAAAGACCUCUGCCAGUUGCAGUCCUGCUCCUGAGUCUCCUAUGAGUUCCAGUGAAUCAGUGAAGAGUCUGACUGAAUUGGUACAGCAACCCUGUCCUGCUAUAGAGACGAGUAAAGAUGGCAAACCUCAAGAAUCAAGUGAGCCACCUGUUUCUGAAUCCCUGUCGACAACACCUUUGCCUCUCUCGGGCCAUUCAGCACUGAGCAUUCAAGAACUGGUUGCUGUCUCUCCUGAAUUGGACACAUAUGGCAUUACGAAGAGGGUUAAAGAGGUGUUAACAGACAACAACCUUGUGUGGCUGACAAGCCUAAAAAGCAGCAGAAGAGCCAGGAAAUGUGCCCCAAACUCUGCAUUAGGUCAGCGUUUGUUUGGGGAGACAAUCCUAGGGCUAACGCAAGGCUCAGUCUCAGACCUUCUGGCUCGCCCAAAGCCCUGGCACAAAUUGAGUUUGAAGGGACGGGAGCCCUUUGUCCGCAUGCAGCUGUGGCUAAAUGAUCCCAACAAUGUGGAGAAAUUGAUGGAUAUGAAGCGAAUGGAGAAAAAAGCCUACAUGAAGCGACGGCACAGCUCAGUUAGUGACAGUCAACCUUGUGAGCCCUCUUCAGUUGGAAUAGACUAUAGCCAGGGAGCCAGCCCACAGCCACAGCAUCAGCUAAAGAAACCACGAGUAGUGUUGGCACCAGAAGAGAAAGAAGCUCUAAAACGAGCAUAUCAGCAAAAGCCAUACCCAUCGCCAAAAACAAUUGAGGAACUCGCUACACAGCUCAACUUGAAAACCAGCACAGUGAUCAACUGGUUCCACAAUUACAGAUCUCGCAUCCGUCGAGAGCUGUUCAUUGAAGAAAUCCAAGCAGGAAGCCAGAGCCAGGCUGGAUCAAGUGACUCUCCUUCAGCCAGAAGCAGCAGGGCAGUUCACAGCUCUGAGGGAGACAGUUGUGAUGGUGUGGACACAGAAGGCCCACCUGAAGGAAAGCAAAGUGGUCUGGAGGCGGAUGAGUACAGCAAUGCAACCACAAAGUCUCAGGGAGGGCAAGCAGAGUCGGCUUUUGAAGUGGGGGAAGAGGUACCACAAGAUGCCAGAUCAUCAGAGAAAACAGAGUCUUUCCAUUUGGAAAUGGAGAGCCUGGAGGAUACUGAUGAUGAGGGUAGGCUCAAAACACCACGUCAGAGUUCUCCGCCAGGGUCUCAAAGUUUAGGAGAAACUCUGGAGACAAUGCCAAACUCUGCUACAGAAGAGGAUGCCUCUACCUCAGCUGCCUCCACCUCAGUCCUUACAGGGGAGAGCUCCUUCAAGUCAAAAGAAAGUUCCGAGAAAAUGUUGAGUGUGCCAAGUACAAGUUCCACAUUGGCUGCAGGCUCACAGAAAGCCAACUCUAUUCAGAGUUUAUUCAGCUUUUCCGAGGCAGCAAGGUCCAAGAACACGCGGGACAACACCUUGAGGAAAAAGAAAGCAGCAAACUUGAACAACAUAAUACACCGUUUAGAGAAGGCGGCUAGUCGAGAAGAGCCCGUCGAAUGGGAGUUUUGAGAUUAAACUCACCCAACUCUAGAGAGCUGGGAAAGUUAAACUGGACCUCUACUGGUUUUAUUGUGUUGCGCACUUACCGCCCUGCAGGCCACAGGGCAAAAACGCCAUAGGCCAAGGUGCAUAUAGAAAACAAAAGGAGCGUUAAGCCCAAUUUAUGUUUGUGUUUUCAAGGAAGAAAACUGAAAUGUGUGGUCAAGCUUUUUUGUACCCUGAAGUGUUUUUAUUAAUGCCCUAAGUGAUUUCCACAAUUUCUGGAAUAACUCAUACAGCUUUGCCUUGUGCCCUCCUCUUUGGUGUGGGCUUUAAAAAAACAAAAACAUAAAAAAAAUCAAACCCACAUAUUUAAAGGGGGCUUUUUAUCUGCCAUCUAAUGGCUACAGAGCGAUAAUACACUAUUAUCUUCGUAAACCAGGAAAAAAGGGGAGAUUUUUCAAAAAGGAAAAAUAAAAAGUUUUUUGUAGCUGUUCAGUUGCCACUAAGAGAUUGCACAGUCAACCGACUCUAAACACACUAGUUUGGAUUCCUAAAUAUUUUCAAGAAAAGAAAAGAAUCGUGUUGUUUGAAACUUUGAAUUAAAAAAAAAAACACAUUUACUCCACAUAUUUUUUAACAAAACAAAAAAAGUCACAUCAGGAAAAUAUCUUAAUUUGUGGUAGCUGACUUAGUGUUUUCUUGUAAGUGAAAUAGAAUAUUGACACGUAGUGCACAUUGUUUCAUAGCUUUAACUGAUUCUGGUCUUUUGCAGACCAGAAUUUGUUUAAUACACUCCAUUUUAGGCCAAAUCAGGACAAAAAAAAAAAAUCUGAAUCUAGGUAUUUUAUAAUCUGCUUUUUAACCUCUAACCACAGAGCACGCUGAUCAGACCUCAUAUCCAGGAGGUUUAGGAGACAACUUAGAAUAGCAUGUACUUGAUCAUUUCAUUUGAAUUGUGGUAUAUCUAGUACCUUUUUUGUUAAAGAACGAGAAAUGAAAAAAGUUGGCCAGUAACAUUUCAGCCUGCAGCUCUGGGGACAUAUUUUACAACCUGUAGCAUUCAACUAACCUGAAAGCAGUUAGUUUCAUUUACAUGUGUAACAGAUAUCACACACCAUGAAGAAGGAAUUGGGCCUGCCUCAGAUGAAGAGAUGUCUUCCUCCAAUAGGUAGCCAUUUACUGACUCUCUUCCCACCACAAGCACUGAUUUAAAUGUUUUAGUUUGUGGGAAGUUUGUUUGUGUAGAAAAAGAAUACAUUGCAGGUAUCAGAUGGGCUGUGACCAAGAUGUAAAUAGCCCAAACUCCAAACCAAAAUUUUCAUGCUCUUGAAUCCCAGUCCAGACUAUUCCGCUCUUCAGAAAUGUAGCCUCUUCAGAUUAUUUUAUGCACAGCAUAAAACUUUUGAUCAAAGUACAAAUCAUAUUCUCACUUGUCUCUAACUCCUCCUGUUGUCUAUAUGUAUAUGCGUGAGCAUAGAGGUGUGUGGAAGGAUGUGUGUGCGUGAGUGUGUGCGUGCAAUUUUAUACGUCUGUGUAUUUUCUUACGUACUUGUGCACACAUAGAGUGCAUUACUGCCACCUUUUUUCAAUAAGCUGUUUUAUCAGUUAUGGCUUCUACAAGUUUGCUAAUUUAGACUCCUUUAUUGCCAUAUCUUUAAAACUAACAAUAGAUGAUUUCGGUAUAUAUAUAUAUAUUUUUUUUGCUUAUUUAUAGGUGCUGUAUUUUAUUAUCUGAUUGUUAGGAAGGGAUGAAAGGGGGCAAAUAUUCUUUAGAGGGAUAGACUGCCGGCAGUAUUGGGUAUAAUUUACAAGAUGUAGUUGUCAUACUGUAUAUUAUUGAUUGAAGACUUUUUGACCGUAUUGUGUAUCAUUGAAACCUUUGUCUUAGGUCAGCAUCUUUUGAUGACACUUUAAUGGUGCAUUCAUUACUUUUUAAGUUUAAUUAAUAUUACUUUUUUGAUUUUGGGGGGUGGGGAGAGGAGUUCCAAUUUUAAAGGUAUGCUCCCAAUAUUACACCUCAGUGUGCUUGUAUUAAUUAACUAGUAGGACUUUGACUGUACGAUGUGAACCCACAUUUCUUGCAUGAUGUUUUAGAAAUUAUGUAUUUCAUUUACAGUCUCAAUGUGCAACAGCAGCACUUAGUUCAAGUUUUCACAAAUUAAGAGUCACUACACUAAAAAAAAAAAAUAGCCUUUUCAUGAACAUGAAAAGAAGGCUCUAGGAGGCUGAAAGGCAGAGAUUUAUUUAACUGUUUUUACUGUUACAGUCAUUUCAAAUUACCUGCUUGGGUAACCAGAGAUUUAGCUUGUGGUGCACAACUCAAAUUUGAUAAACAGAGACAGCAACUGGCCCUUUCUGUGGUGAACAAAGACAAAAUUUGGAACAUGUGAUCGCACCAACUAGAAUCACUGUGACUUCUUUAUAGGGACAUAAAGUUUGGCUGAGAAAACUUCCAGCAAACGACAUGGUAAAUCAAAACAUUACCAUUAGAAAUCUUCUGUUCACCACAGUGUCUCCUUACAAGCAAAUGUUUUAAUUUGAUUUAUAAAACACAACUCUAUUUACGAAUGUGUGUCCCAUUCAAAUAUAUGUACCUGAACAUGAGUAAUAACAAAAUAUAAACAUCUUCAGUUCAGCCAAGAGACAGAACUUUUAAUUUUCUUCCAUUUUCUUGAUAUUUUCUUACAUUCUAACUUAAUCAGUUUCCUUUGUUUACUUUAGAACAAUAUAUUUGCCAUGCGUUGCCACCUUCUAUUUCUAUCAGGUUGAGAUCUGGGUGCUUGAUGCAGUCAAGUGGUUAAAUUUUGCUUGCUUGUAGGGUGGUUUUUUUUUCCUUCUAUUUAUUAUUUUGCUUAAUUAAGGUCCCCAGACCUGUUGUGGAAUAAGUGUGUCUUUAUUGCAUUCAAUAAUGCUUACUGAGAGCUGUCACUGAAAGCAAAAUUUUAUUUACAGCAUGAACCCAAAUGCAGCAUUAAGGGUUAAUCUCUCUUCUUGAUAAGCAAUACUUAAGUGCCUUCAAAAGUAUCCUUUUUGUUCUUUAGUUUUGUAGUUUUCAGGUUUCUGCUAAUUACAUUAGAGGAGCCGAACACUCAAAAGUGUCUGCUUAUUUUUGUUAAUGCUAUAUCAGUUUUCAAAAAGCAUAAUUGUAGCUCUCUUGUAGAGGCUGUUUCCUUUAUAACACUAACAGUUAAUUGUAAACUCCAUUGUACCACUUACAUAGAAUUUUGUUGAAUGAAGACAGCAUUUAUAAGUUGCCCAUUCUGCCAAGGGUUGUCAUCAAUAUUUACUGUAAAAUUAGUCAGAUAAAAUGCUCUUGGUAUUCCCUAUAUUUUGGCACUUUAUUAAUGCUUUAGUUCCUUUUGUCAUUUCAUGCAUAAUGUCAUAGGUAAAAAGUAUGUAAAACUAUUAGAAUGCCAUUGGGAUGACUCCAGACUUCCAAUUAGGAAUCACAUUACAGUUCUUUGACAGAUACCUUACCUUACUCUCCUGUUUGGAGAUUUUUUUUCCUUACUAGUUUUCCAAAUUGGCAAGACCUCCCUGGUUGAAAAAGGGUUAAAUUGCAUCUGUGGUGAAUGAUUUUUAGCUAUAUUUCUUCGUGCUAAUGAAGUAUGUUUGAAAUUAAUGUUGUUAGGAAAAUUAGUAUUACACUCCCUAGUCUUCAUUACUUGAUAAAGAGCUACUGGAGAAGUAAUAUAAAAAGAGUUGGACUCUUCAAUGCUUUUAAGUCAUUGAUUAGUUGAGAGUAACAAAGGUGAAAGGUUGUAUAAGGUGCCGCAUGUUCAACAUGUGGGGCUGUUCUCUAUGCAUAGUUGUUUUAUAGAGAUAAAAAGACUGAAAAGCGAGCACUUGCUGAAGGCAUGCUGUUUAGUACUUUUCCAGAUAGAUACUUGCAUAUAUGUCUCUAGCAUUACAGGUUUUCUGCAGACUGUUUCCAUUUUUAUGUUCUUUAAAAGCAUUUUUAAAAGCCUUUGUUUCUGUUUACAGUUCAGAUUUUCUCUAAAGCAAUGGAGGGCUAGGCCUCAGGCUGUUUUAACAAAUAUUUUUAUACUGCAGAUAAAAUUCUGUCAUUUUCAUUUCUGGAUGGAUAGUGCAAAAAGGAGAGGACAAUACUGAGAUUUAAAUAAGUGCGAUGGUCUCUUUUAUUAUUGUGUUAACGGAGAGUAGAUGAAGCAUGCCUGUUGAUUAUAAUUGUUCCAUUUUUAUAAAUACGAUUUCCUUUAUCCGUGGAAUCACAAGAUUUUCUUAUUGAUAACAAAACCCUUUUUCUUUUGUUAAAGUAGCUAUUGAAUGCCAUAGAACUUGAUCAUUUUAGUUUAGCUUGCGCUCCUGCAAAAUUUAUAAAUAGACUUUGUGGGCAUGCCUUUCUCAUUAGCUAAGAGAUUUUUGCAUUAAUUUUCAACAUAACCUUCAUGUGGGGACGCUACAGAGAAGGGGUUAAUGAACACUACAGAAUUCUAUGCAAUAUUCUCUAGUCCUCAUUAUUUUAAAAUAUUACCAUUUUGCUAUCUUUUAAAAGUGAAAACAGCGAUCUAGAGGAAAAGUGCGUCAUCCCAGUAUUAGCUCAAGUGAAAUUAUAAUGCAGAUUAAUUUAAAUAAAUUAGAGUUAGGGGAAAAUCUGACAAAAUAAUGUGAUAAAUAUGAUAAUAAAAAAGAUUGCAGUCCCCACUAGCAAUGCUGCAGUCCAGGGUCUGUCAGAGUUUCCAUCUUAAAAUCCCUAAUUUCAAGGGUUUUAGAACUCUGCUGUAAAAUGAAAAAAAUUGCUCUUGGCAAGAACUUGGUAGUUUAGAAAUGGAAAAACAUUUUGACCAUAUUUAAAUUAUAAAAAUACCAAAAAGUAAUUGGUUUCAGAUGCAUUUUUGCACUUAAAUCCAAAACAGCUUCCUCAUUUAAACUGAAAUGUCAUUAGUAAUAUGGACUAAUGCCUUUUGCGGGGUUGCUAAGAAAUCAACAGUGUUAUGUAGCAAAGUGAUUCAUUGCAAAUACAAUAAAUAAAUAAAUAAAUACAUUCAUAAAUAUUUUUGACAUGCAGAUGGAGGGUCCAUUUGUUCCUUCUCUUUUCUAUCUUUGCUUUCCUUUUAAGCAAGUGGGUUCUUUAAAUCAUCUCUCUUGCUUAUAUUACAGCCCAGGUAUAACUCCAUGUAUACUGGGUCAUAAAUUCACUCCAUAUACGGUACUUGAGUUCCAUAGGUUCUAAUUCUGAGAAAGUCAUGGAGAUCGUAAGAAAGAUAGAGAGAGAGGGAAAAAAGGUGUCACUUGGUCUAAGGCCUAAUCUUAUGUCCAUUGAAGUUAAUGGAAAGUCUUUUCUUUGACUUCAGUAUUUGUUCAGCCCCUAACAAGACAGGCUGCUUAUAUCUGAUCUUCCAUAGUUUAACUUGUACAGACAUAACAAGUGUAAAACACAGCAUUCAGUUUAAUUUACUAUUAUGCUAGGCCUUCCAGUUUCCAUGGCACUUUCUGUGGUCCCUCUAGCCAAGCGCUAACAUGUCUUCCUCCAUAUCAGACAUAUAAUCAAACAGUUUUAAAUUAAAGAGCCUGUAAAAAAAAUUCUGUAUAAAUACAAGAUUUUCCAAAAGUACGAAACAACUUAAAAUAUAACUCCAAAUUACUUUAAAUAAUGAAAAUAAACAUUAGCCUGGGAGAGCUGGGUUCCAUUCUUGGCUCCGUCAUUGGGGUGACCCUGGCCAAGUCAUUUCCUCUCUGUGCCUCAGUUUCCCCAUCAGUAAAUGGGGAUCAUGAUACUGACCUCUUUUGUAAAGUGCUUUGAGAUCUAUGGAUGAAAAGUACUAUAUGAGAGUUUGGUAUGUAUAUAUUCAUCAAAAAUCAUUUUAUUUUCCUCCCCUAUUCAUUUUUAUGGCUUUAAUAUAGUUAAUAUUGAAUAAACCAUGUAUUAAAUAUAUGUAACAAUAGACCUUAAGAAAAAUAAAUCCAUUGUUACCAUAUGUAUCCAGGUACUUAUUUUUAGGGCCUUUAUCACCCCUGUAUCUGAGCUGCUAAAUUUUGUGUGUAAUGCAAUAUGCCAUAUCCUAUUAAUAUACAAUGAUUAAAAGACCCUCCUUUGGGGAGGGUCAACUAUAGGCUCCUGUAGUCCUUAAAAACCCAGUUAAGCACUGAAAAUAUAUCUUAAGUGGUGCUUUGGUUUUGUGGUGACCCUCAGCACAGUGAUGAAUUUCACCUUGUUCUUUGGCAUAUGUGAAAUAAAUUAUUUGGUCUCAGGUCAGUUCCUCGUAGAGAAGUGUUCACGUCCCAAAAAUUAACCACACAACUUUUUACUAAUUGGUACCCUUAUUAACAUCCUCUAUAAAGGCCAAGAAUUGAUUGGCCAUGGAGGCUAAACGCCCUUCUCGCCCCUUCUAUGUCAGGCCCAAGGCACGCUGACGGAGAGGGGGAAGCGUGCACUGCAGUACCUGUUGUGUGGGUAAAAAAUGGACUUGAGUCCCCAGGGUUGUCAGUUCAUCACCAUUCAUGAGCAUGUUCAGGCACAAAAAUGUGUAGAAGGAACAAUAUCUACUUUAUAAUUAUACUCUGAUUAUUUAAUCUUUUAUUUUUUGACGAUGUUUGCCAAAGGACAAGUUUUGCCAUCAUACAAGCAUGCAACUCCCAUUGACUUCAGUCGAAAUAAUGCAUGUCCAAGAGCACAAUCUAGAGCUCUUUCUAGAUUCUUUCUGUUACUAAAUCUGGUGACUUUGCUGUAUCACUUCAGUUUCUCUAUUAAACUGAAACAGUCAAGUGAGCCCUGACCAUAUAAAAGUUAAAUGACAAACAGUCAUAUUAGGAAACUACCAUAAAUACUAACUGCUGCCCCACUUCCCCCACUCCAUCCAUUAGAGGCAUAUCUAUGGCUGUUCAUUUUAUUUUUGGAGAUAAUUGUACUACCAAGUAAAGUACUCGCCCAAAGAUCCAUAGAAAGUGGAGGAGAAUCCCAGGAAUUUCCUUAAGUAAUGGUGACAGGAGUUCUUUGCAUAGUUACUGUGUAAUUUUGUGGUAAUGUUUGCAACAGCACAAUCUUUCCAUUGGUAACAAUAAUAUUAUGUUAAUUGUGUUAUCACCUUCUAGCUGUACGGGUCAAUAAUACGCAUUUUUUGAAGUUUUUAAACAUGUAUACUUACACUAUUCCUGUUUGGAAAAGUUCCUAAAUAUGUAGCAUAUUUACAAUUUAGGCCUUAGUGGCUCAGUAAGGAAUUGCUAUAGUCUAUCAGGUAAAUUAUAUGCUUUGGGGCAUGGGUGGAUGGCAGGUUUAAAAAUGUUAUUUACAUGCUAAUGUGUAUAUUAAUGCAUAGAGUGCCAUUUUCCCACUUGCUAGGCAAAAUUCACAUUGCAAGAAAGUGACUGCAGGCUUCUGAGAGAUCAGAUUGUUUGACCAUGCAGGUUUAAUUUACAUGAAAAGUAAAAAGUUCCCAUUUAGAAUACACAAAAAAAUGUCAAGGGUCUGGCUGAAAUGUACAAAAGCUAGAUAAUUUAGAACUAAAGAUGAAAUCACGUCCUAAACUCACCCUGUAACCGUGUGUAAAUAAGUUUUGCUCUGAUAUGGCUAUCAGGAACCUCAUGCACUAAGCACUCUUACAUGUACAAUAUGAGCUGUUAUGCCUACAUACAGUAUGAUCAGUUAAAGGGAGCAGCAUUCCCUCCUUUACAAAAAUUAUUUUUAUUUUGCAAACUCUGUAUAUUGGUAGGUUUUAAAAAAGGAAGAAUUUUUCAGUAAUCUAAACCAAGUGACAAAUCAAAACCAGCAAUUCAUCUCUGGUGCCCCUGCAGGCUGAAAAUUCUACUUCUGAGGUGUAUAUAAUUGAAAUUGCAUAUUGUAAGUUCCUCACGGGACUUUGAUUACUUUGAAGGAGAAAUAUAUUUUAAAAAAACUAAGCAUUUAACUGGCUUUAUAAAUCCAAUCCUACAUAUGUGGAACUAAAAAAAAAAAUAUAGCUACAUGUGUUAUAAGAUUGGUACUCAGUCAGGGUUCACUCUGCAUGUCUCUGGCUUUUGUUAGUUUCCAUUAGACCCUUACUACUAUUUUAAUGUAUUAUUUGUGUGUAAAUUAAUUAGCUUUAACAAAAAGUGUUUCCAAAGCACCUAGUUACUUCUGAAUAGCUAGUAUAGUAUAUACAGUAAGUGUUCUAGAUAAACUAGCUUAAAGGAGGGCAGGUGAAGAAUAAGCAACACGACUAUAUUGAGCUGUUGGAUGGGUUUUGUCUCUCCCCACUUUCCCUUUCAUAAGAGGCUUCCAUUCCUUUUUCAUCCUCCUUGGGAAUGAAGAAGUUCACAGAUUUCCUAUUUGUUUGUUUGUUUGCGGGGGGAUGUUUUUAGAUUAUUUUGAAAUAUUUUUAGUUUAAGCAAUAUUAUUACACAAUUUCCUAGAAGUGUUUAGCCUAUACUUCUUUCAUAAAAUGUACUAUUUAUCAAACUUUCUGCAAUCAGAAAGAUAAGGUGCCUUAUCUUCUCAUCUCUUCAUUGAGAAUAAUCUAAAGCACAGUGAUCUAGAUUUCAGCAUACGCAAGAGCCUACUUUUUAUUUCAGAAAAAAAGAUCAAUCAAGGUGCAUUUCAGUAGCCCAGGGUUACUGAUCUCUUUGAUAAGAGCACUUAAUACUAUCAUGCAUUUAAAACUUUGUGCAAUAGAAGUUCUAGUUUUAUAUUUAGGAGCUAACACACUGUACACCCAUUGUAGGCAAAUGUAAGCUUUAGUCUAGGAGGAUUCAGGUGACUGAAGAGUAUAUUCACACUGGUUAUAUUUGCAUGAUGAAAUUUUGGAAUAAGUAGUCCACCAUUGUGCAACAAUGUCUCUUACACUCAUAACAAGAGUCUCUCAAAAAUCAUACUAAUGGUCUCUCAGUGAGCAUUUUAAAAACUUGAUUGGUCAAGCACCCAUGUGAUCUCCAGCUAUGGCUAACUUUUACCAUGUUCUUACAUAGCUUUAAAAUAUGCACAUAACGUGUUCAUUCAACUUCCUUAAUCAUAUCAUUUUCAAAUGGUGAUACACCAUAAGGUCAUUCCAGUCUAACUGGGACUAGUGAAGAAUAGGGUUUUUUUCCUCUACAUCACACUCCUACCUCCUCAGUCAGUACUAGCUAGCUUUUGUUUAUUUCUAAAACUCACUCUUUACACAGCAACAUAUGUCUAAUUAUAUAAAAGUUGUUCAUCUUUAGAACAAAACAAAAUUCUGGUCUUUCCUAUUUCUAGUGAGAUUACUUUAAAAUGCCUUUCAAAGAUUUUUAUAUAUACACAAUAGAAGUAUACAUAUCGCUUUUUAUUGCUUAAACGGACAUAGAUGGUCCAGCACACCAAACUCAUUCUAUUCUGUUCUGUUUAGAAAAAUUGACCUAUUCUCGGAAUUGGAUGGGUUAGCAUGUACUUGACUGAUUAAUACCCAUAUCAAUAUGUUGUGUUUUCUGGAGUAAUCCACUUAAAAAGGACUCUGUAUAAAUGUCUACUAAAUAUUUGUAUUUAAAUAUUAAAAACCAUUUAGUAUUGAGAUUAAAAAGAGUCAGUUGUGAGGGAAGAGACUCCGAUAUAAAGAGACAAAAAAAAAAUACCCUAAGCCUCCUAGAGCCUCUGAUAAGAUUUCAUGAAGAUGCAAUAUCCCUUUGUCAAGGUACAUUACAAACUGCUCAAGAGUAUUACUUUAAAACAAGAGAGACUGGUUUCCUAUGAUGUUCAUCUUUGUUGGCAUAUGUUUUAAUUUCUGAAUUCAUAACUCUUUUCUUACACAUGAAGUUGGUCAAAACAAUCUUGUGCAGCAACAACUUUUCCUGGUAUGAAAUAUGAAAAUACUAGUUGUAAAUUUGUAUCUGUGCUGGCGGAGUUGUUUGGUUUCCUUGCAAUGUAGAAACACAUUAAGACAAGCAUUCUGUGGGUAGGUAACAGUUUGAGAGAGAGAGAGAGAGAGAGAGAGAGAUAUGCUUAAACAACAACUGAAAUGUUGCUUUAGAAAUAGCCCUGUUUGUAUGAGAGGGGAAUGUGUCUGCUUGGGGGACAAUGUCAAGGGCCAUCAGUAAGCACUGAACCAGCACUGGCCCAGCAAAAAAGAGCCUUACAGAAGGCAAAGAUGUAAGGAGCUGCGAUUGUUGCAUGGCGCAUCACCUCUUCUGUGGAUUGGAAGCAAACUUGCACUUUGCCUUUUUUUUUUUUUUUUAAGGACAUCCCACUAAGAACAUCAGAUUAAUUUUUCAGAAAUAACAUUUUUCCCAAUGCCGUGACAUUCUCCUUCUAGCGGAGGGGGGAAAAGGCCCUACAUUAAACUAUUAGGUAAUUUCUGCUAAAGAUUUUCAUUUCUAUCAGAAUAGUCUAUGCAUUUCUGUGCUGAAAGCCGUUUUCUGCUGUUCCUUUUAAGAAAACAGGCACUGUCUGUCCCACUCUCUGUAAAUGCUCCAAGAAUGUCAAGUGUGUGAAUUUGGACGUUAAAUCCAAAGUAAAUUGAGACUAACUUGUUUGGGAGUGGGGGUGCUUUCGUUUUUUAAAAUUGUUUCCCUCAUGUCCCUUUUCAUUUUUAUUAAGAAAUUAACUCUUUGCAUUUGUGCAAUAACUACUUGCCAUGAUAAUGGGCAGACUUUUGAAAUGAAUGCCCUGACUACUAACACAGCACAAGAUGAACUCAGACAGAUAAAGUGGUGUACUUUUUCCUGAGAACUUUUUUGUUUUUAAAUAUUAAGCUCAGUUUUACCCCCGUGUAUUGUGGUGUCUUACAUUUUUAGCAGUAUUUUAUAUUUUUUCUGUAACGCACUAAGUCUUAGACAUUUUUAGAGCUUGUUUGUUAUGUUCACAAUCACAAAUUUAAAAAAAAAUCCUCACAAAGAACCAAUUGACCAAAAAAGUGUCAUUUUUUUUUGUACAAGUAGCUUUGAGAAGCCCACGUUGUGUUGCUGUGACUCAUCUUUUGUAACAUUUUAUUUCUUGGUAUUUGUUUAAACAUAAAAGUAAAAGUUUAUGUGGCUGGCAGUAGCAGGGAAGUGCUCCCUCCGUCAGCAGAAUGGCAUUGUUUCUUCUGUCUUUGUUUGGUUAGCCAUAUAAUGUUUGUUCUCAGCACUGUACAAUGGUCCCUAUAUGAUACGGAGAAGCAAUAUCACUGUAUGAAACUCACAUGAUGUAUUAUUAUUAUUAUUCACUAGCACCCUAGGUGUGAUAAUUGAAGUAAAUAUCUUUUAUACAAACACAA